AUGUCCUACUCAUCCUUCUCCUACUCCGCCGAGGACAUCCGCCUCGAUGACGGCCACAUCCUCCGGGCUCGUCUCCAGACGGCUGACGGCAACUGGAACGACUCGGAGAUCGACCUCAACCAGUGCAUCGGCAACGACAAUGGCAACUUUGCCUGGGACGGCGUCAACUUCUCCGACUCGGCCCAAGACAUCACCUUCUCCAUUGAGGGCGAAAGCAACGUCGCCGUCCUCCGCGCUACCUUGAUGGACGCAGACGGCAACCCCCAGUACCGCGACAUCAACCUGGAUGAGCGCAUCAGCAACCAGGAUGGCAACUUCUACUUCCGUAUGCAUCUGCUACCUGGACACUGCAAUGACCUGUUUUACUGA